AACAUCAGCACUGGGAUGGCCAUAGCUGGAGUACUGUUAUUUCUAAGAAGUGUUCGACUGACGUCCAAAUUUACAAGAUCUUCAGAUAUUCCUGCAGAAUUUAUAAGAAAGAGUGUUAAAUUACGUGGACGAUUACACCGGAUAACUGAGAAUGGCUUAGAAAUUGAACAUAUUCCCAUUACUUUACCCAUUAUAUCUUCAUGGAGAAAAGAGCCAUAUGGUGUUUUGCUGGUUCAGCUGGCUGGAGUAGAACUCACUGAAAGUGGGAAGGUAUGGUUACAAAAAGAGCUCAAACCUUCCCAACUACUAUGGUUCCAACUUCUCGGAAAGGAGAAUUCAGUACUCUUUUGCCACCUUUUAGUGAAUAAGGGUGGAUAUUUUAGUGUGAAUCUGAAUGAAGAAAUUUUGCGAAGAGGCCUGGGUAAAACUGUUCUUGUCAAAGGCCUGAAUUACGAUUCCAGAACUCACUGGAAAAUUCACAGAAAAUUACUUAAAGCUGAAUUAGCAGCUAUAAGAAAAGGAGAAGGAAUAUGGAAGGAAGACUCUGAAAAGGAAAGUUAUUUGGAAAAAUUCAAAGAGAUGUGGAAGAAAGAAAAUUUAAAAGCAACUGGACCAGAUUUCAACCUGACAAAAGGAAGUUAUUAUGACAAAUUUAGAAGAACUUAUGAAACGUGGAAAGACAACAUGAGUAACUACUCCUUAAUACUGAAAUUCAGAGAACUUCUGAGUCGCUUACAUUUUCGUAGGAAAGGGUGAUAUAGCCAAGAGGUCUAGAGGUGCCUCCUCUGAGAGUAAAAUAUGUAAACAUGGGCAUUUCUCAUUGAGUCCACAUGGAAAUUUCCACAAAUGAUCAAAGUUGCGUUCUAAUGGUAUUAAACAUUAAAAAGAUUAUGAUUAGUGUAAUAUCAGAAUUAACUUAAAUAAAGGUUAAUGCAACAUGCUUUUAGGAAUAAUGAAAUACUAUAAAAAAUUGCCAGAACUGGACUUGGUGGCACAUAAUCCAGGCACUCUGGGAGGCUGAGGCAGGAGGGUCACAAGUUAGAUCCCAGCCUGGGCAAUUUAGAGACAUAGUGAGACUGUCUCAAAAUUUAAAAAAAGGACUAAGAAGCAGCUCGGUGUGAAGGCCCUGGGCUCAGUCCUCAGUGCUCCACCCUGCUCCUCACCAGGCUGUUUCAAGAGAAAAUCUUAAGAGUUCGGCAUUGUAUUACACAGUUUUGAGCAGCUGUACUUAAUUUUUGCUCAAAGAGAAUAUUUGCUUUUCCAAUUUUAUCAGCUUUCAUUAUUUAUAAUAAAGGAAUUAUUUAUACUCUA